AUGUCAGUUACUUUACACACAGAUUUAGGUGAUCUGAAGAUCGAAGUUUUUUGUGAAUCAGUGCCUAAAACAGCAGAGAACUUUUUAGCUCUAUGUGCUAGUGGGUAUUACGAUAACUGUACUUUUCAUAGAAAUAUAAAGGGCUUUAUGGUUCAGACAGGAGAUCCCACUGGUACAGGAAAAGGAGGCAACUCUAUAUGGGGUAGGAAGUUUAAUGAUGAGAUUCGAUCUACUUUGAAGCAUAAUGCACGAGGCAUAGUUUCCAUGGCAAAUUCAGGGCCGAACACAAAUGGUUCGCAAUUUUUCAUCACAUACGCAAAACAUCCGCAUUUGGAUACAAAGUAUACGGUUUUUGGAAAGGUAAUUGAUGGUGCUGAUUCAACUUUGGAUGCUUUGGAAAAAAUUCCUACGGAUGAAAAGAAUAGACCUCUUCAGGACAUACGUAUAAAAUCAGUGACGAUCCAUGCUAAUCCAAUAGCAGAAAAACAAUAA